AUGUCCACGACGGAUACGUCUUUGGGUAUUAAGGAGUUAAGCCGCCUCAGCAAGAUCCUUAUCCGCCAGAAGACCACGAAGAUCGCCAACAAGUAUGUGGUGAUGGCGCCAGACGGCAGCGUGGUGCUGCACGCGAGAGAGGAGUCCGGGAUCCUAGACCGGAUGCUCGUCGGCACCAGCCGUGCCUUCGAGAUGACUCUCUUCGACAACGACAAUAAAGAGGUUAUAAAGCUGCGGCGGCCGUACACCAUGGGCCCAGAUAAAAUGGACGUGUCUCUGUGCGGUCGGCCGGUGAGCGUGGUUCGCAAGGAGGUCACCUUCCUCAAGCCCGUCAUCAACGUCAACGACGCGAACGACAGGCCAGCGUACCGGGUCAAGGGACCCGUUGUCACCACCAACGACUGCGAUUUCGAGAUAUACACAAGGGAGAAGGUUCGCGUGGGCGUCAUAGGGCGGAGGUGGGGCGGGGCGGGGGACUCGAAUGGUUACGAGCUCCAACUGCCAGCAGACCUGGACGUCAGCUACAAGGUUGCCCUGCUCGGCGCUAGCUUCCUCAUUGACUUCAUGUAUUAUGAAAAU